AUGAUUUCUGGAGUUGGCUUGCUUCUUUCUUCAGCAAGAGGAUUCUGCCAGCACCGCUGGAUCUGGGGGAUAUUUAGAGAUAAAGAGGGUCAGUUUCGAGGUGCUUUUGCUAAAAAUGUGGAGGCUCUUAGUGCAAUUGAUGCGGAAGUGUUAGCAGUUAUUGAGGCUUUGAGGAUAGCUUGGGUUAAGCGUUGGGCCCACAUCUGGCUUGAAACAGACUCUAUGCUUGUGGUUCAGUAUUUCAAGAAUCCAAAGUUGGUUCCGUGGAGACUACGGAUUGCGUGGUCUAACUGUUUGUUUUUCACCCAUACGAUUCAUUUUAGAGUUUCUCACACUUUUCGGGAGGGGAACGCUGUAGCUGAUGCUCUUGCUAAUCAUGGGGCGCUCAAUGCUGGUUAUAGAUGGUGGGAUGAUCUUCCUUCUUUUAUUGCUGGUCAUUAUGGGCGCGAUCAGUCUUCUAUGUUUUAUUAUAGGUUUUGUUGA